AUGAUAGGCACGUCGAUACCGCAUCUUAUCUUCAUUCGGCUCUGCAUCUUCGCGUUGCGCCUGAUCACGCCUCUAAGCAUAUUCUACGUAUCUUUUAGCUUGGCUGAACACCCAACAUCUGCCGGAGGGAGGUUUCUGCUCACGUGGAGCAUCAUUGAGGCUGCAUUUUGGCUAUUUGUUUAUAUACCCCGCAAACGAUCCCUGCAGGCUUCUGCGCAGCACCCUCCGCUGCUCGGGAAGGAUGAUAGGAAGGCAUUGUUUUGGAAAUGCUGGGAUAAGAUCCCGCAUCCAGAGUACUAUGUCAGCCGAUGGUUCUUGGGCGCACGAGCUGGUGAGGUUAGGAGGGAGAAUGUGAAGGAGUUCUAUGAGUGGGCGCUUCUGAAUCGGGGGACCGAGAACGAGGAUGAACUGGUGCGUAGAGCGCAAGAAGAUCCUGAGGCGAAGAUCGAGGAAGAAGAGGAGUUGAAGGAGUACGUGGAUGGCACAGAGACUCUGUUGGGCCGGCCGAUACCGCCUGGUCGUGGGCCUGCGAAGGGCUUGCGGUUGACUAUCGACGAAGUCAACAUGCGCCACCGACCGGUCGUGUGGUACCUGAUUGUCAUGCUCGUGGACACCCUCACAGCAACAUAUCUCCGGUACAGCGGCUUUGCCCUCUACCGCACCCACCUCCGCUCCGCGCUCGCCAUAUUCCCCCCUCGGCCUGCAUCGCUCUUUACAAGACAAAUCUCAAGCGCCCCUGACUUGAACUAUUGGUAUCGCCCGCACACGUCCAAGACCCGCCUGCCGAUUCUGUUCAUCCACGGUAUCGGCAUUGGUCUCCUGCCAUACUGCCAGUGGUUCAACGAGAUCAACAAACACGACCCGCUCGCAGCUACGGAUGGCGAAAUUGGCAUACUCGCGAUUGAGCUGCUGCCUAUCAGCUUCCGCAUUACUGGCCCCAUCAUCAGCUCUGACGAAAUUUGCCGCCAAAUCGACAUGAUUCUCGAGCGUCACGGCUUCGACAAGGUUGUGCUCGCCAGUCACUCGUACGGCUCGGUCGUGAGCACGCACCUGCUCAAAAACACGUCGACAGCCUCCAAGAUUGGCCCUACACUGUUUAUCGACCCAGUCACGUUCCUCCUGCACUUGCCUGAUGUAGCAUACAACUUCACUGCGCGCCGCCCGCGCCACGCUAAUGAGCACCAACUCUGGUACUUCGCGUCGACCGACAUGAUGGUCGCGCACACGCUGGCUCGCAACUUCUUCUGGGCUCACAACAUCUUGUGGAAGGAUGACUUACGAGGCCACGACGUGACAGUCAGCCUGGGGGGUCGCGAUUUGAUUGUCGACACGACCGUGGUCGGAAAGUAUCUCUCAGGCGUCAGUUUGAAGAGCGAGGACCGUACAUGGAAAGACGCCGAGUGGAGUGGCACGGGUAUCGAAACGAUUUGGUGGCCCACGGCAGACCAUGCGCAGGUUUUCGAGCGCAAGGAAGGGAGGACAAAGCUCGCGCAUGUUUUGAGGGAGUACGCCAAGCAUAAGGAGCCAGCUGAGGACGAGGAGUGGCAAUGA